UCAUUAACUGGUCAUAGCCAUAGAAACUAUAUACGCAGUGGAGGGACUUUUUCUUUGUUUGAUCCGGGAAACCCAAGUUUACUUUGAGCAAAGAAAAAUGCACGAUUUCUGCUUCACGAUCCCUUACGGGCUAAUUCUGGUGGUAGGAGGACUGGUCGGGUAUGUCAAGAAGGGGAGCAUGGCAUCGUUGGGUGGAGGAGUGGGCACUGGGUUGCUCCUCGUCUUAGCUGGAUAUUUGAGUCUCAAGGCUUUUGGGAGGCGAAAGAACUCCUAUCUUGCUUUUGCAAUCGAAACUGUUUGUGCAGCAGCACUGACAUUCGUCAUGGGACAGCGUUAUGCGCAAACCUCCAAGAUUAUGCCUGCUGGUAUUAUUACUGGGAUAAGUGCUCUCAUGACUGCGUUCUAUGUGUACAAAAUUGCAACUGGUGGCAACCACAUUCCAGCCAAGGCUGAGUGAUGGCAUUGAGGGUUUGUAUACCACUAAUUUGGACAUACGUAUUGAGAUAUGGAAACUCUGAUGUUUGUAUUGGGAGCUUUUAAUUCCUUGGACAAAUUUGUACCAGCACGUUAUGCGUUACUAGUUUCUGUAUGAAACAAUACAUUCCUUGCCAUUGAGAGUAAAAGAAAUUAGAAACCUGGUUCUCACCUU